GUAAGUUGUACCUGCUGUUAUUUACAGGUAGUAAAGGUAAGUUGUAUCUGCUGUUAUUUACAUGUAGUAAAGGUAAGUUGUACCUGCUGUUAUUUACAGGUAGUAAAGGUAAGUUGUACCUGCUGUUAUUUACAUGUAGUAAAGGUAAGUUGUAUCUGCUGUUAUUUACAUGUAGUAAAGGUAAGUUGUACCUGCUGUUAUUUACAGGUAGUAAAGGUAAGUUGUAUCUGCUGUUAUUUACAUGUAGUAAAGGUAAGUUGUACCUGCUGUUAUUUAUGUGUAGUAAAGGUAAGUUGUACCUGCUGUUAUUUACAUGUAGUAAAGGUAAGUUGUAUCUGCUGUUAUUUACAUGUAGUAAAGGUAAGUUGUACUUGCUGUUAUUUACAGGUAGUUAGUUGUACCUGCUGUUAUUUAUGUGUAGUAAAGGUAAGUUGUACCUGCUGUUAUUUACAUGUAGUAAAGGUAAGUUGUAUCUGCUGUUAUUUACAUGUAGUAAAGGUAAGUUGUACCUGCUGUUAUUUACUGGUAGUAACAUUAAGUUGUACCUGCUGUUAUUUACAGGUAGUAAGUUGUACCUGCUGUUAUUUAUGUGUAGUAAAGGGAAGUUGUAUCUGUUAUUUACUGGUAGUAAAGGUAAGUUGUACCUGCUGUUAUUUACUGGUAGUAAAGGUAAGUUGUAUCUGUUAUUUACAUGUAGUAAAGGUAAGUUGUAUCUGCUGUUAUUUACAUGUAGUAAAGGUAAGUUGUAUCUGUUAUUUACAUGUAGUAAAGGUAAGUUGUACCUGCUGUUAUUUACAGGUAGUAAAGGUAAGUUGUAUCUGCUGUUAUUUACAUGUAGUAAAGGUAAGUUGUAUCUGU